CAGACCACGACGCUCCGACCGCCCCUCCGUCGACAACACAUCUCCGCCUCGCGGACGGCGCGCAGUGACAGCCAGAACUUGCUCAAGAUGGGUCUCGGCGUCUUGAACGACACCAAGCUCCCGCAUGUGCCGGGUAAGCUGGGCGAGCCCCUACCAAUCCGGCGCGUAUGCUAACCUCCUUCCAGGCACAGCGACCCUCGAGGCAUUCGACGAGCUUGCUAAUGUCCCGGGCCACGUCGGCGUGAAGCGCAGCAAGCAGGGUAUCAUCCUUGUCCCUCAACCCAGCGACGACCCUGACGAUCCUCUCAACUGGCCGUUAUGGCGCCGCGAUCUCAUCGUCGGCAUCCUGUGCCUCCUUUCCGUCAUCGCAUCCACCUUGUCUCCACUGCUGGCUUGCAAUACCUUGACCCUCGAUCUCUACUUUGAGAAGAGCUUCACCGACAUUGCUCUCUUGACGGGUUACCACUUGCUGGGCGUGGCGGUGGCCGGCUUCAUCUUCGUGGCAAGUGCAAGGGUCUGGGGCAAGAGACAUCUCUACAUCCUCGGCGCAUUCAUCAUCAUCUGGAGCUCGGCAUGGGGCGGGGCGAGCAAUCACAACUACAACUCCCUGCUCGCGGCGCGCUUCUUCCAGGGCGUCGGCCUUGCCCCUUUCGAAGCCUUGGUCAAUGCCAGCGUGGGCGACUUGUACUUUGUUCACGAGCGCGGCAAACGCAUGGCAUUGAGUAACCUGAGCUUGUUCGGCGGAGCCUUCUUCACACCCGUCAUUGUUGGGACGAUUACCGAGCAUCUGGGCUGGCAAUGGACGUUUUACUUCAUCGCAAUCUUCACCGCCGUCAUGUUUCCCCUCAUCGUCUUGUUCGUCCCCGAGACGGCGUUUGUACGAGAUGCACAUUUCAACACCGAUUUGUCGACCACCAUCGAUGCCGAUGAGAAGCCGAGAAUGCAGGAGGAGGUCUCCGCCCCCGAGGCCCGUCCGGCAGCGAAAAUGCUCUCCAAACAGAAUCUUCGACUUUUUAAUGGCCGCAAGACGGAUGAAAGCUUUUGGAAGUUGUUGCUUCGCCCGUUUCCCCUCUUUCUACACCCCGGCAUCCUUUGGGCCUGUCUUAUCCAGGGCACGUUGAUUGGCUGGACGGUACUCAUCGGCAUCGUCAUUGCGACCAUCGCCUUCACCCCGCCCAUCUUCUUCAACGAAGCGCAGACCGGCUACCUCUACACCGGCGCCUUCAUCGGUGCUCUUCUCGGAUUUGUGCUCGCGGGUCUACUGAGUGACAGCUCCGCCAAAUUCCUGACCAAGCGCAACGGCGGCAUCUACGAGCCCGAGUUUCGCAUGAUUCUCGUCAUUCCGCAGCUCAUCUUUGGCUGUGCCGGAAUCUACGGCGUCGGCAUCACGGGGGCUGACGUGGCCAAGUUUGGCUGGUUCUGGCCGGAUUUCUUCUUUGCCCUGGAAGUUCUGGGUAUGGUCCUCGGUGCCGUGGCCUCUGCACUCUACAUUGUCGAUGCGCAUCGUGAAUUGGCGGUGGAGGGAUUCACAUGCUUGUUGAUCUUCAAAAACAUCUUCAGUUUUGGCUUGACGUUUAGCGGGUUCCACUGGAUUCAGACGGUCGGCAUCAAGCCGGUAUUCCUGGCCAUUGGAAGUGUUCAAGUGGUGAUUUGCUUUACGACGGUCUUUAUGUAUGUGUUUGGGAAGAAGAAUCGGUCGUUCAUGGCUCGACAUGACAUUUUGAAGCUAUGCCGGCUGAGAUGA